AUGGCAACUCACGUGGGAUCAGGCAACAGGGGCGGGCAUGCUGGGCCAUCCAGCAGCCAGCCAGCAGAACAGCCUAAGCAGAAGAAGCCCAAGCAUGGGAAUGGCACAGCGACAGAGCAGCCGCUGCUUGCUGCUGCCCAGCAAGCACUGGCCAACGAGGAGAAGAGCCAGAAGAAACGAAAGAGAAUGGAAGCCAAGCUGCAACAGGCUGCAGAGCCUUCCUCUGGCCAGGAGGAGCCGGCAGCCGCCGCAGCAGAUCAACUCCCCAAGAAGAAAAAGAAGGACAAGACAGCCGCAUCGGAGCCAACAGCACUGGGGAAAGGAGCACCAGCGAUCCCAACCUCUGCAGGAAAGGAGGGGGCAGCUGUGCGGAAACAGGCAGGAGCACCCGGGGGAGCUGCAGGCGAUGCUGUUGUAGCACCAAAGAAAAAAGGGGCGAACGCAGCUGUGAAGGGGUCGGCAGGAGGGGUCAAGACGGUGAGCUUGGAGGGGCCAGAGCUCAAGAGUUGGCGCGAGGAUUACAAACGCACGAAUGUAAAGCAUGGGAAGUUCUCCAGCGCUGAAAGGGACGCCAUCAGGCAGGCUGUGAAGGAGUAUGCUGAGGCACACCAGCUGAGCCAGACGGAUCUGGACUGGCUCUACUGCACGCGCAAGAGCAGCGCAGAGGCCCGCAGGAGGACCGAAGGCGCCUGGACGUCCAUCGCAGCCGCCCUGCCACACCGGAAGGCCAAGGCUGUCUGGUCUUGCGGCACUCGCAUGCUGCACCUGGGCAAUUACAAGGGCAAGUGGACGGCGGAGGAUGUGGAGAAACUGAAAGAGCUGCACGCAGCGAAGGGCGACAGGUGGGUGGAGAUGGGCGCAUCAUUGGGGCGGCUGCCGGAAGCUGUUCGCGACAAAUUCAGAACCCUCAAGCUCGGGGACGCGCGUAAAGCGGGCGCCUGGACCCCCGAGGAAGAAGGGAAGUUGACCGAGCUGGUCAGCACCUACUUGGCAAAACGCCCGGCGGAGGAGAGGGUGAGCGGGCGGAUUGUGCUGGAUGAUGUGCCGUGGGAUGCCAUCAGCGACUGGGGAGUGGGGGACGACAGGCGGCUGCUCAAAUCCCUGUUCCGGUCGGGGGCGGUGAACGACUGGGAGCUUGACUGGGGGGCGCUCGUCCCCGGGCGUGCGGCAGCGGUGACUCGCCGGCGGUGGCGACUAAUGCUCAAAUGCGUCCCGGACGGCGCGGACAAGGGCUUCGACGAGUGCGUUGACUUCCUCGUGGAGAAAUACACUCCCGACCUGAAAACAAAGGGUGAGAAAGGGAACGCUGCAGCAGAUGGGGCCGCCUCGCCGGCCGAGGCGGCAUGA